AUGAAGCAGGAGAGCUUACCUCAGGAAUGCAGUUCGACAUCCCCCAAGAUCGGCAAGGGCCUGAUGAUGCUUCAGAGCACAGCCAGCCGGGGCUGGGACACACAGGACCCAGAGAGGAAACCACAAAGUAUCCGUCAAAACCUCAGCAAGGCAACCCAGGCUGUCGGAUGCUUCUACUGCAACGAGGACCAGGUCAAGAAACUCACCAGACACAAUGGCUUUGUGUCAGAAAUGGAAAAUCUGAGGAAAGCCUUCCUCAUGCGGCCUGGGUGCCCCCAGUUCAGUACCAGGACAACAUCCGUGUCUCAUGUGGGUUCUGCCACUAUGAUUGAUCUUCCCGGUACCAGCUCUGGAGUUUGGAAGACGACUGAGGACCAUCCCUUAGGCAGUCUGGGCUCUGCCACCAGUGUGAAUGGGAAGCUCUUCCCAUGCAGCAAGAGUGCUUGUGAGCUCAACUACCCACGGAAGAGGAGUGAGCCCCCAACCCUGAGUCCUACUGGCAGCCCCACGGUGGUCAAGAAGUCCCAGAGGACAAGAACGCCCUGGUAUAUCUCAGUCAUCCAUGAGAAGGACCACUCCCUACUCCUGAUGGGAGAAGAGCUCCAGCGUUUCUCAGAGUUGGAGACCCAGAUGCAGAAGAAAGAUCAGGAGAUCCUGAUGCUCCAGAGGGAGAAGGAGGCCCUGAAGAAGCAGCUGAAGAACCUUCUCAGAAGCAAAGGCACAGAAACCUCUUCAGCUUCCAUCAGGGUGGACCGGUCCUUUGAGACGCCUGCGAAACUGGGGAGGAUGAGCAUGCUGAAGACCAUGUACAAAGAAGAGGAUGAGCUACAGCGUUGGAUGCAGAUGCAGGAGGAAUAUAACAUGGCUGAGAGCAGCAAGGAGCUGCACAUGGAACCAGGAAGCACUAUAGAGGAAAAGAGCUCUGAGGGGCCACCAGAGGAGAUUAUAUCUGUCAAACUCAAGGCCAGUCAGAGCAAGACUGGGACCCUGCUGGAGGUGGGCCCUGAGGAAGAGGAGGAGGAAACAAAAGGAACUGAGGAGGAAGAGACAUUGGUGGAUGAGGAUGAGGAGUCGUGGGAGCUGAGGGAGGAGGAGGAACAUCGUCUCAAGAGGUCAUACUCCAUGACGGAGUCCUUUGAGGAGGAGCUGAUGGCCCAGCUGGAGGAGUACGAGCGGAUGUUGAUGGACUUCCAGAGUGAACUGGAAUUCACAAGGUCCAGAUAUUCCCUGGCCACAGGGGCCAUCACGUCUUUACAGAGGCAAACUGACUUCCAAGAAUCUCAGCUGCGGAAGGUCACCACGGAAAACGAGCUACUGGAGAAGGAACUCCGGGAACGGAAGAAGCAGAUACAAGACAUGACCGACAAGUUCUCCAAUCUCCGGGAGGAAAAGAAACAUCAGGAAAUAAUGGGACUCAUAGAAAAGGAAAACCUGAUCCUUCGACAGCAAGUGGCAGACUUGAAGUCGGAGCUCGCCAACAGUGAGCAGACCAUCGAAGAGCUGAACACCCAAACCAAAGAGCUGGAGGAUCAGGUCAACACCGACAAGGACCACCUGAGGCGCUGGAAGGAGUUACACGAUGACCUACAGGCGCGGAAUGAGAUGAUCCAACAGGCAGAGCAACAGACUCAUGUGGUCCUGGAAGGCACCCAGGCCAGGCUCGAGAAGCUAAGGAAUAAGAUCAUGCAGGCUGUCUUCAGUGUCAGUGGGAACAAGAACUUGUCCACCGAACUCUCUGAUACCUACAUCCUGGAAUCCCUGCAGAGGAUCAUCACGGAGAGGAGUGACUUCUACAGUCAGCUGAAGCAAAAGGGCGUGAAGGUGCCCCCGCUACAGCAGUCAGAUGUCUCCCUGCCCACCAAGAUCAAGAAGAUGCUCCCCAAGUGA